UGGGAGGUUUACGCUAGGGUGCGCCUCUGACCUGCCGUUUCAUUUUCAUUAUUUACUGUUUUUGCAUGAGCAGUACAUGCACCCUUUAAAGACAAAAACUAAACAAUUCAAGACAUUGAAAUGAUUCUGGCUACUGCCGUAGGGAGAGCGCCCCAGAAGUGGAAAUCACACUGUCGCAUGUGAAAUAUGAUUUGGCGAGGAAGAUCAACAUAUAGGCCUAGACCAAGGAGAAGUGUACCACCUCCUGAGCUGAUUGGGCCUAUGCUGGUGAUGCUUGACCUGGAAGCUGAUCUCCAGGAGCAAUCUCAGUCAAAGACUGGGGAUGAAUGCGGAGAUGGUCCUGAUGACCAGGGGAAGAUUCUGCCAAAUUCAGAGGAAUUUAAAAUGCCAGAAGGAGGUGACAAGCAACCACAGGUUUAAAUGAAGACAAG